UACAUUGACAGAUUCGAAAGAUUCGCCAUUGAAGAAAACAGCAAUGGCGGACAGAGAGAAAACAGCGCAUUUGGCGGAGAGAGACAAAGCAGCAGUACCAGUCGACAGAGAAAAAACAGUGCUUUCGGUGGACAUAGAGAAAACAGCGCUGUCUUCAGACGGCUCACCGGACAACGGGAAAAAGAAGGCCGCUGUCUCCGGUUUCACGUUGUGGGACGUCCUGUUGGUCACCUGCUUCUAUCUAAACAGUUUCGCGGCUGCAACCACUUUUUCUGUGCUGAUACCGUUUUUCCCAAAAGAGGCUGUAUCAAAGGGAGUCAGUGUCACUGUCGUUGGAAUUAUCAUCGGUAUCUUCGACAUACUGAUCUUCAUCGCUUCGCCAGUAAUCGGAAUUUUGGUGGGUAAAUUUACACCAAAAUGGUUUUAUAUCGGAGGGUGUUUUACCAUUGGUAUCUGCGCGAUGGCUUACGGGUUACUUGACAUUGUUCCAGCCGGAUCUGCCUUUAUCGCCUCUGCUUUUGUUUUGCGAAUGGUCGAGGCACUCGGGACAUCCGCAGAAUGGACAUCAGGGGAUACGAUACUUACGCAAAAAUUUCCGACAAAAAUCGCCACUCUCACUGGUAUGAUGGGGACAACAAUGGGUAUAGGAAAUUUGGUUGGACCUGCACUAGGGGGCGCUUUAUAUCAGGCGGGGGGUUUCCGGCUACCAUUCUUCGUGACAGGAGGAUUCGUGUUACUUCUCUGGCCCUUUUCUGUAAUUUUAUUGACAGCGUUUCAAGAACAAACAGGUGCGAUUGCAGCUCCGGAAAACCGCGAUGCAAAAACGGAUACGUCAUUUACGAUUUGGAGGUUAAUACUACAUUAUCGAAUCUUCAUCGCAAUCUUAUCUCCGAUUACCGGAUUUUUAUGUUUAUGCGUAAUGUUGCCAGUUCUCACAGCUCAUCUGGAACCGUUCGGGCUGACCACUGGCGUGCUGGGUCUAUUUUUCAUCAUCACCCCAGGAGUUUAUGGCCUCGGCUCACCAUUGGUUGGGCUCGUGAUCGAUAAAUGGCACUGUGGCGAAUAUUUGACAAUCGUUGGAGAUUUGUUAAUGAUGGUUGGGUAUCUUCUUAUUGGUCCGUUCCCCCUAUUUCACAUACGCCAAUCGCUAUGGCUGACGGUGGUGUCAUUGGUUAUACUGGGUAUUGGUGCCACCCUCCUGCUCAUCCCAAUCUUGCCGCAGAUGGUAGCGGACGCAAGGAAAAUUGGUUUUCCCGAUAAUACACAGACCUACGGUAUAAUCGCAGCACUGAACGUUUCCGGAAUUUCCUUAGGUUGUGGUAUGGGGCCAAUUGUUGGUGGCGCUUUAACAGAGGCGGUUGGCUUUUCCUGGGCAACUUCCAUCACUGUGAUACCACUUUUUAUACUGGUGAUACUCAAUCUUAUAAGCUUCGUCCUAAGCAGACGGAAAAGUCGUCCCAAAUUGGAGAAUGAGACUUCAACUUCGUCUAAAAGCGGACAGAUUCAAUCGAGUCGCAUCGGAAAAGAAACCGACAAACUGAUAAGAAAAUAGCAAUAAGAAAUAGCGAGCCAAACAUAUCGAUAUAUUUCAGUGUUCCCUAACAACUGAUUGACUUGGCGGAAGAAGCCGAGA